ACUGAUUUUUCAUCGUUUGCGAAAAUUAGCAGUAGCGCCGCCAACAGCACCGGAGGCCUCUGCUCGAAACGACGUUUCCAAAUUUUGUAAAAUAUCUGAAUUAUACACAAUUCAUCAUGUCUUAACGUGUUUAUUAGCAUCAUUGUUGCUAAAAGAACAUCAAAACAAUGGUAAAACGUCACUCUAAAACCGUGCAAACAUGGGCAGCUUUCUAAGUGCAAAACGAGAAGACUUCCUGAGUCUGAAGUGCCCUGAAAACGAAAGUCACAUUUCAACGUGCACAUGUUGAAUGACACCGACGGGAGAACACAAAAGUUUUCAUUUAGGUGUGCAGAAUGAGCCAGUGGAAGCAAAUUCAGCAACUGGAGAUGAGGCUCCUGGAGCAGGUGGAUUAUUUGUAUGAUGACAAUUUUCCAAUGGACAUCAGGCAGGGUCUGGCCAAUUGGAUUGAGGCUCAGGAUUGGGACACGGCCGCUGACGAGGACUCCGCGGCGGCGGUGCUGUUUUUCAGCUUGUUGUCCCAGCUGGAGGCGGCGCUAUCCCGGGAACACAACUUUCUGCAGAGACACAACAUGAAGAUCAUCCAGCAGCAGUUACAGGGGAAAUAUGCCAACAACCCGGCAGCCAUGGCCAGGGUGAUAUCCAACUGCCUCAACGAAGAACGGCGGAUCCUCUCCACUGCUUGCAUGCAGCAGCAGGAACCACUGGAGAAAUCCCUGCAAAAUUCGGUGGCCCUUGAGAGGCAUAAGAACAUGGACCACCGAAUCGGGAUGAUCCGGACAAGUGUGCAGAUGAUGGACCAAGGAGUCAAAUACAUUGAGAACAUGCAGGAUGAUUUUGAUUUCCGCUACAAGACGCUGCAAUCUCGAGAUCCGUCUGAGAGGAACUCUGAGUUCAUGAAACAGGAAGUCACAAUACUACAGGAAAUACUCAACAGACUUGACUUCAAAAGGAAGGAGAUUUUGUCCAAGCUAGCCAUGGUCAUCCAGGAGAUUGACGACCUGAUGAAUUCUCAGCUCGACGCGGCGCUCCGCGACUGGAAGCGCGACCAGCAAAUGGCCGCUAUCGGACGUCCGCUGCUCACGAGCCUUGACCAGCUGCAGACUUGGUUCACUCUGACGGCGCAGAGUCUGUUCCAGGUCAAGCGGCAACUGGACAAGCUCGGGGAGCUGGUUUUGAAAGUCACUUACGAGAGCGACCCCAUCCCCGUGCAGAAACCUCAGAUGGACGAGCGCGUUCACUACCUCAUCUACCACAUCGUCAAGAGCUCAUUUGUGGUGGAGAAGCAGCCCUGCAUGUCGACGCAUCCGCAGAAACCUCUCGUCAUCAAGACCGGGGUGCAGUUCGCCACGAAAGUCAGGCUCCUGGUUCAACUUCCGGCGGUGGAUUAUCAGAUCAAAGUGAGAACAACGUUCGACAAGGACCUCCCUCCUGGCAGAGUGACCCGUCAGUUUUUCAUCGUGACCAACCCUAUGAAAGUGAUGGAUAUUGAGGACUACUCCAACGGCUGCCUUUCAGUGGAUUUCAGACACGGAUUGAAGGAGAAGAAAUCCGGCAAUGCCACAAAGAGCAAUGAGAGUCUGCUCUCCGUCACAGAAGAACUUCACUCUCUCAGUUUUGAGGCCCACUUUACAAUGCAGGGUCUGAACAUUGAUCUGGAGACGUGUUCCCUGCCGCUGGUGGUCAUUUCAAACGUGAGUCAGAUGCCGGGCGCCUGGGCCUCCAUCAUGUGGUAUAACCUUUUGAACCAGCAGCCCCAGAAUUUGGCCUACUUCAGCAGUCCGACGCGAGCCACGUGGGCUCAGCUCUCUGAGGUUCUCAGCUGGCAGUUCUGCACAAACUCCGUUCAGGGCCUCAACAAGGACCAGCUCGACAUGUUGGGAGAAAAGCUUCUCGGUCAACACUUCUCCAAUAGUGACCACAUCCACUGGUCCAAGUUUUCGAAGGAGAAUAUUCCAGGCAAACCUUUCAGUUUCUGGACAUGGCUGGACUCCAUCCUGGAAUUGAUCCGGAAGCACUUGCUACCUGUGUGGAAUGAAAACUACAUCAUGGGUUUUGUGAGUAAAGACAUGGAGCGCGCUCUGCUGCGGGAGAAAAAGUCGGGCACUUUCCUCCUGCGCUUCAGCGAGAGCCAUCUUGGAGGAAUCACCUUCACCUGGGUGCAACACGGCGACGACGGAGAGGCGACGUUCAACUCGGUGGAGCCGUACACCAAAAGCCGACUGAACGCCCUCCACUUUCCCGACAUCAUCCGGGACUACAAGGUGAUCUCGGACGGGGUGGUCCCCAAGAACCCGCUCAAGUUCCUCUAUCCCGACAUCCCCAAAGACGAGGCCUUUGGACAGCUUUACAACAAUCUGCCAAGCAAAGCCUACCCAUACAUACCGUCCACCCUGAUCCCCUGCUCUGAAAUGCGCAGCUCCAAGGUGAGCCCCCCAUCGCCAGCUUGCGAUUCGCCCGAGCCUCCGAUGACCCCGGGAGAGUUUGACAUGCUCAACCAGACCCUGUGCUUCGACAUGGAUGUUAUUAAUUCUCCAUAUUCAGAGUAAAGCCGGAUUCAGGGAAAAGUCGACUCCCGGGACACGACGCCAGCCAGCCAAUAAAAACCCGCUAAUCUGAUCGUGUGCUAAGCAUUUUUGUUGUGCUUAUAUUUGGGCAUUUUAGUGCAUUGCGUGUUGUACUGUGUUACAGUGGAUAAAUAAAGGCAAAAAAAAAAGUUGAU